AUGUGGAAAUCUUUUUGUAUUCAAGGUAGACUUCAUUACACCCUGGAAUGGAGAGAGGAUCUCACAGGUGAUGCCAAGCUGCCAAGAUCGUCCGUGUCCAGAGAUGGAGGGCCCAGCACAAUGCUCUCUCCCAGGAGCGGUGCCGGCUGUGGCGGGCUACCCUUCUAUCGCUUGGCCAUGGAGAGUCCACGGACCUGUGCAGAGUUCUGCUUGAGCAAAAGCCUCGAUCUCUCUAUUGUUCUGGAUGCUGCGCAGUGCCGCUGUGGGGCCUCGGCCAAGCAUCCGUCAAGGUGGCAGUGUGAACUGUGCGAAGAUGACCAAUGCUCCUUUGGGACUGGUCCGUGGUGA